AUGCAGUGCUCAGCAUUAUGUAAAAAUGGUUUUGUGGUGCUCAAAGGCCAGCCAUGUAAGAUUGUCCAGAUGUCUACUUUGAAGACUGGCAAGCAUGGCCAUGCCAAGGUUCACGUGGUUGGUACUGACAUUUUUACUGGAAAAAAAUAUGAAGAUACCUGCCCAUCAAUUCAUAAUAUGGAUGUCUCAAACAUCAAAAGGAAUGAUUUCCAGCAGACUGAAAUCCAGCAUGGGUACCUAUCCCUGCUCCAGGACAUUGGGGAGGAACAAGAGAACUUUUGUCUGACCGAGGGAGAUCUUGGCAAGGAGACUGAGCAGAGUAUCACUUUGGAGGAAAGAUCCUGA